AUGCAAGGCAAGAUCCUCAACGAUAACCGUUCUAGCUACAACCUCAUCGCCCACGACCAUUACGUGCCCCCGUCUCCCCCGUUCGGGCCGGCUCCCAGACAUGCUUACCUAGAUCCUCGGAGGGAUUAUGAAGCACCUCGAACAGACGGGAGAGGGAAUGUAAGCUACCAUGUGACUAGUAACGUCCGCUUCUCCAACGACGGUAUCCGACACGAGAACCACCUUCCGUUCUCACCUCUAUACCGACCUGGCCAGAGUUAUGCGGCUGAUCCGCGGUACAGAAAUCUUACAGGUGACGGACGACAAAACGACGUCGGAAGAGAUCAUCAGGGACAGACGCAGCUGGUGGAUGGGGCAGAGACAAGCCAGAAGCCGCAAGGUGUCAAAGGUUCCUUGGCGGCUACUAUUGGACAAAUUAAUCACGUGCCAGUCUCACCCUUGUACCGCCCUGGACAGGGCCGAGGCCUGGCCAUGGCUGACCCCAGAUACGGGAGUCCGCAGCGGCGUCGGCAGGAUGAACGCCAAGAG